AUGUUGGGUAGAAAGAUCGCCGGUACUUGUCUCCGGUCUGGCGUGCCGUCGGUCACAGCGACGUCUUCUACUCCAGUUUCCCAAAAACGCAACUCUCACACUAUCUGGUACCCGGAUGCCAAGUUCGAGCGUCAAUUCAAAACCGGAGGUACCCUCGGAAAGUUGUGGAUGUCGGAGCGCGUUUCGGAUUUCGACGAGAAAAUCGGACUCGACAAGCUUGAGAAGUUGGCCUACACAGAUCCGGUCAUGAGUGACAACUAUUCCGGAAAACAAAGAGAGAAGAAUCUGGAGAACAUGAUUCUCAAUUUCGGACCACAGCAUCCAGCUGCUCACGGAGUGUUGCGUCUCGUUCUGAAACUUGAAGGAGAAGUCAUCAUCAAGGCUAUUCCACAUAUCGGACUUCUACAUCGUGCCACAGAAAAACUUAUUGAGCACAAGACCUACACACAGGCCCUUCCAUACUUCGACCGUCUCGAUUACGUCUCCAUGAUGUGCAACGAGCAAGCCUGGUCGUUGGCUGUCGAGAAACUUUUGGGUAUCGACAUCCCGCCAAGAGCCAAGUACAUCAGAACACUCAUGGGAGAGCUCACCCGUAUCCAAAACCACAUUAUGGGUAUCACCACCCACGCACUCGACGUUGGAGCCAUGACUCCGUUCUUCUGGAUGUUCGAGGAACGCGAGAAGCUGUUCGAGUUCUCCGAGCGUGUCUCUGGAGCGCGAAUGCACGCCAACUACGUUCGUCCAGGAGGAGUCGCUUGGGAUAUGCCAAUCGGUCUUAUGGAUGACAUCUACGACUGGGCCAUCAAGUUCCCAGAGCGUAUCGAUGAGCUCGAAGACAUGCUCACAGAGAACCGUAUCUGGAAGGCAAGAACCAUCGAUAUCGGACUUGUCUCUGCAGCUGACGCGCUUAACUGGGGAUUCACUGGAGUCAUGGUUCGUGGAUCUGGAAUCAAGCAAGACGUUAGAAAGACCCAACCAUACGACGCCUAUGACCAAGUUGAGUUUGACGUUCCAAUCGGUACCAAGGGAGAUUGCUACGACAGAUACUUGUGUCGUGUCGAAGAAAUGAGACAAUCGUUGAACAUCGUCCACCAAUGUCUCAACAAGAUGCCAGCUGGAGAGAUUAAGGUUGACGAUCAUAAGGUUGUGCCACCAAAGAGAGCCGAGAUGAAAGAGAACAUGGAGUCUUUGAUUCAUCACUUCAAAUUUUUCACGGAAGGGUUCCAAGUCCCACCAGGAGCCACUUAUGUUCCAAUUGAAGCGCCAAAGGGAGAAUUCGGAGUGUACCUUGUGGCUGAUGGAACCGGAAAACCAUACAGAUGUUUCAUCCGCGCUCCAGGAUUCGCUCACUUGGCUGCCGUCCACGACGUGUGCUACAUGUCGCUCAUUGCUGACAUUGUCGCUGUAAUUGGUACUAUGGAUAUUGUGUUCGGAGAGGUCGAUCGAUAA